AUGGAUGGACGUAAUAAAUUAUUUCAUUGUGAUGUUUGUUCUUCUGAUUGUACCAAUAGAAUAAGAGUCCAAUGUGCAAUAUGUUCAGAUUAUGAUUUAUGUGUACCAUGUUUUGCAGCAGGAUUAACAACAGGUGAUCAUAAACCAUGGCAUGACUAUCAAAUUAUUGAACAAAAUACAUAUCCUAUAUUCGAUAGAAAUUGGGGAGCAGAUGAAGAAUUAUUAUUAAUACAAGGUUGUGAAACUUUUGGAUUGGGGAAUUGGGCAGAUAUUGCUGAUCAUAUUGGUAAUAGAUCAAAAGAAGAAGUUGCACAACACUAUUACAAAAUUUAUUUAGAAAGUAAAGAUUAUCCAUUACCUGAAAUGAAUAAAGAUUUUACAGAUAUAUCACCAUUACAAUUCUUAGAAGAAAGGAAAGAAAGAUUAGAAAAAAGAAGAAAUAUGCCAUUACCACCACCAAAAGGUAAACCAGUUGCAUCAGUACCAUUAUGUCAUGAAAUCCAAGGUUAUAUGCCAGGUAGAUUAGAAUUUGAUCACGAAGCUGAAAAUGAAGCAGAAGUUCCAAUCAAAGAUAUGAUUUUUGAUCCAGAUGAUCUGAUUAAUGAUAUUGAAUUAAAAUUAACUAUAUUGGAUAUAUAUAAUUCAAGAUUAACAACAAGAGCAGAAAGGAAAAGAGUUAUGAUAUUAAAUAAUCUUUUGGAGUAUAGGAAGAAUGUUAGUAUUGAUAAAAGAAAGUCAAAAGAAGAAAAAGAUUUAUUGAAAAAGAUAAAUGCAUAUAUUAGAAUUUUAACACCAUCAGAUUUUGAAAGUUUUGCAAAUGAUUUAUUAGCAGAAUUAAGAUGUAGAAUUAGAAUUCAACAAUUACAAAGUUGGAGAAAAAAUGGUAUCACCACCCUUGAAGAUGGUAAUAAAUAUGAAAAAGAUAAAUUAAUAAGAAGUGCUCAUUAUAUAAGAAAUGGUGCAAGACAUACUCCAUUAUCACCACCUCCACAAUCUCAACAACCAACAAAACCAAUAAGUAGAACUCCAUUAGAUAUAACACAUUCUACAGAUUAUGAAUUAUUAUCAGCUGAAGAAAAACAAUUAUGUGCAACAUUAAGAAUAUUACCAAAACCUUAUUUAGCUAUAAAAAAUCAAUUAAUGAAAGAAGCUGUUAAAAAUAAUGGUAUACUAAAGAAAAAAGAUGCAAGACAAGUUUUAAAAAUUGAUGUCAACAAAGCUUCCAAAAUAUAUGAAUUUUUCGUUCAAAUGGGCUGGUUAUCCCAAGGUUAA